ACUAUAGCGAACUCCAACUUCCAAGGUGGAGAACUUUAAUCGUGCUGCCCAUCACACACGUGAGAACGCGAGGAGUACAGUUCACCUGCCGUGCUUUGUCAUGGGAUUUGAAGUAUUUGUGCCAAUGUGUACAUUGCCCUUUCUUCCCGAGCAAAUACCACCAUUGCUCAUUCGACCCUCGGUCCACCAAAGGGAGCAUACGAAAUGAAAGAAGCAGAGAAAAAGAGAGGAAGAGUUUAUUGAGCGAGCACUCUAGAAACUGAAAGUCAUCACCACCACCACCAGACUCUUGAAAUUGAUUUUUUUUUGGUAACAAAUCUUUUGAAUUGUGCUCUUUGGUCAUUGCAUGCAUUGAGUGAAGUACUAGUACCGAAUCAUCCCCGUAUGCGGACUCCUAUUCGAUUUAAAAUUUGGAACACUGAAUAUUUAUCAGAUGAGCCAAGUUACGGGGACUACCACUGCCUGACGCCUGACACCAUUAUAUAUAUUUUUGGGAAACUUUGGAAUCUCCACCAUUUUCAGCAAGGCAUCGUGGGGGUAUAAAGUGUUCGGAAAUUCUGCUACUGGAUUGAGUAUAGAUCUAGACACAAUGGAGGUGACACUUGCAGAGGAGAUUGAGAGCGGGAGGAAAACUUUGUUAGAGAACUGUGAUAAUUUGGAACAGAUAGCAAACUACUGCGAGGACAACUAUGUGAAGGCAAAGGACAAGAAGGUGGCUCUGGAGGAGACGAAGAACUUUACGACUCAGUCGUUAGCCAGUGUGGCCUACCAGAUAAACACCCUUGCGACGAGUAUGCUUCAGAUGCUAGAUUGCACGGCAACGAAGCUCGGCGACAUGGAUUCGAACAUGAAUCAAAUCAAUCUGGCCAUAGACUUAAACAAUGACCGAAUCGCCCGACAGACUUUCAGGAGCUCCCUGUUGACACCAAAGGACCACACCCGAUCCCGGAAGCUCACCAAACCUGAUAACCCGCCGUCUUUCAAACAGGUGAUCAAGUACGUGUCCACACCCGUCGACUACGGAAGCCUCGAUGACGUCGGGCAUGGUUUGAAAUUUGGGCAGCCUUCGUCGUCACCCAGGGGGUCGAGAUCGGGCUCGUUGAGGAGUGAAUCAAGUAUCGGAUCGGGGAAGAACAGCUUGAGACAGAAGAGUUCCAAAAAGAGCGUACGAUCACCAAUCUCAAUCCCAUCGCCAACACCUUCCACAAACUCGCUGCAGCCGCCAGUAUUCACCCAUGAGAUGUAUCUGGACAACAGCUUCCAUUCUGACAACUCUGAUCGUUUACCUCCGCCGCCAUCGCCACCGCCAUCGCCACCGCCACCUCCGGCUCCAUCUUCCUUCCCUCCCUCUCCCCACCAAGUAUCCGAUGGCCAAGAUUCGGUAAAGAAUCAAGAAGAACAAGGCAUCAAGCUGGCGUCACAACAGCCACCGAGACCAACGUCGCUGAUGCUGUCCCAAUCCCCGUCUCCCCGUUCACCAAGUUCAGGUUCUGCUAAUAAUUCGAGCCAUAUGCUGAACAUUCCUGGUGACGAAAGGUCCUCGAGGAGCCCCGGUAAAACGCGGAAGGCCACGGUGAGUCGGAAGGCUAGCCGAUCACCCCGACCAACCAGUAGACCACCACCGCCACCAUCGGAAGCACCACCAACGGCAUCACCAUCAGCGUCGGGUCAUAUCAUGUCAUCAGAGGCAUCGAACCCUCUCUACUUCUCGGAAUCAGGUGCCAGUUACCCACCUCCUGCUCCGGCUCCUACACCAAGCGAUGGCCCAACGUCUCCACCAAUAAUUGGUGGACCGCCACCACCACCUCCUCCACCGCCACCCAUUGGUGGUGUAAAGUCACCAUCCAUUAGCAACCACCAACAGCAAUCCAUCCCGUCGGCGGAAAAGAAACCACCAGCCCAGGCAACCAUGAACUUUGCAGAUCAACUCAAGCAACGGUUGGUGAAGCUUGAAUCAGGCAAGGAGGCUGGAGGAGAUCAAACCCUUGAAACAAGCAAGAAACGAGAUGAGCCAAACAACAAUCGUCCAGUCUAUAGUCAACCGCCACCUACGACAGCAGUUGAACGUAACCCUGCUACCGAUUUCAGGUCGGCAGAUGGUAAAGUACUGAAUGCAGACAGAACUGAAUUCAUCUCCCAAGAAACACCGAAAUGGGCGCCAUCCGAGUUCUUAUGGAAAGGUGUGGCGCUCUUUGACUACAAGGCGAUGAACGUUGACGAGAUGACAUUCAAGGAGGGUGACGUCAUAUACUUGACUCAUGAUUUCAAGGAUGGAUGGCUAGAGGGUGUGUGUAAUGGCUACCGGGCGAUGGUACCGGGGAACUACGUCGGGCAAAUGCCCUAGCAAUGAUGGCAUUCAGUCAGACGAUGACCCUGUACGAUUCAUCUGCAGCAAUGAAAAGACAAUCAAGAAGCUUUCAAUCCAAGAGUUUUUCCACAGAUUAAUGUUUCAUUUCUUAACUGUUGCCAAUCAGAGGAUUUUUGAAAGGAUCUUAUAAGGGAGCUUUUGCUCCAACGCCCCACGACGGAUUCAAGAACAUAGAAAAUGUAUCGUCAAAUGCCCUUCGUUACAAUGAACAACCAAGAAGUCUUUAUCGAAAAUAGGUGAAUCAAAACAGCAGUUUUGUUCUGCGUCUCGUAACACAAAGUUUAGCGAUUAAUCGUACGCUUGAUAUAGUCAAUGCAAUCAAUCGUAAAAGAAUGUUCGACGGUGAUUGGUAAGCUUUGUGAUAUACGGGCCCCUGGGCCCCGUCUUACAAAGAGUUACAACUGAUCCGGUCAACCACAACUAUGGAAAGCAAGCAACGUCAACAUCUGAAAUGCAUGUUUGUUCAAAAUAUUUUCUAACUAUGAUGUACAUUCAUACAUGCAUGGUUUUCUUGAAAAUUCAUUGUGCUUCUUUUUGUUUACAAAGAACAUUUUUCAAAUUUAUCUUUGUAAGACGGGGUCCUUGAGACUGGACAAACAACAUAAUUUGCAAUAUUUCGUCAGCUCCGAACAAAACUUAUUAUCUUAUGUUGCUUUCACAAAGAGGCUCAAGAAAUGUCAUGGCAGGGGCAGGAGUCUUCAAGUUUACUAUUUAAAAAAAAAACCUUGCAUUUCCAGCCAUUCCUCAUAUCUAUUCUCCUACCAUCCGGAUUCAACUCCUAUUUUCACCCGGAUCCGGAUAUAUUUGGAUAAUGGACAUACUGUAUAAAUUCGCAGCGCGCGGUUAUAUAGCUAUCAUACUCUUCACAUGAUUUUUAGCUUGAAAUAAAAGUACUUUAAAUGUAUUUUAUUGCAAGCUUCUAUAAACACCGAUAUAUACUGUAUAUUUGAAUUGCAUUCGCAUUGUAUCAUGGCCGACGUGCUUUAAAGUUUUUUUUGGGGGGAUGCCAAUCCUUGCAAUCAUUGGAACUUGGCAUGACAUACCGUAGAUGUCGCUCUUUUGAAAUAUGCUUCGAACAGAAUGGGCAAUUUAGAAUAUUAGGUACAUUAUGAUGAGGCUAGCCUAUUGUUCUAAGCAGACGGGAAUCAGAUACAAAACUUGGAUACACGCCGUACGCAGGGGGCGCGGAACGACAUUCAAAGUGUCCAUUUUUUUCCAUUUUCUACAUUGGAAAAGCACCCUUCCGAGAUUCACGGCUAUUGUCAUGGACAGAACUCAGAGGUUAGACUUUCUGUUUCUGUUUGUUUCUGUUUAUGGUAACUCCCGUGGGAACUCGACAGGAGUAAACGCCAAGCUGGUGCUAUAACCAAAACAUUUUACGUCUAGGUUAAUCAGUCAUAGUGGCUGACGUUAUGAAAGGACAGAUAUUACUCCCGGGUCUUUUCAUUAAAGUGGAGACAACGGCAGUGGGGAUUCGAACUCAAAACCUUGCGAUUAUGAGUCCAAAUGCUCUAACCACUGGACCACAUGGCCCGACUUCUUGUGCCAGGAAUGGAAUGUUGUCAAGCCAAAAACUCAGAUAAAACGACCGUUCACUUUAUAUAUACUGUAUACAUUAAAAAAUUAAUUAAAAGGAACAAAUAUUUUGGGAAAAUGCGUCUGACCGAUACAAAUUGGCAAUAUUAAUCAAAUUCUGGUAUAAUAAUAAAAAAAUGUUGAUAUUGAUUGUUUUGUCGGUCGGAUAUAAUAUACAUUUUUUCACCACGUUUGUUACGUUGGUUAUUCGGGCCAAUCUUUUUUCAGGGGUAGAAUGGGGUUGGGGCCCACUGGUCAUGCUGGCAGAGCAGUUUUAGAACCGAAAUUGCUUCGCAAGAUGAAUAAAGGAUCUGUCUCAGCUUGCUCAAAGUGAUACUUGCCAUGCCUAGAACGGGAUCCCAUCUUACAAAGAGAUAUGAUUGAUCCGAUCAACCUCAACUAUUAUGGAAAUCCAUCAUUGUCAUAAUUUUGCAACAUAAAAUUUGCACAAUGUAAUUUGUAAACAAACACUGAAUUGUCAAAACAAAAUCACUGAAUGUAUGAACAUUACAUCAUAUCUAGAAAAUAUUUGGAACAGACAUGCAUUUAAGUUGUUGGUGUUGCUGGCUUUCCAUAAUUUGGAUAUUCUGGUCAAUCGAAACUCUUCGUAACCGAGACGGGGUACAGAUCGCAAUUUGAAAUGCUUUUCUUCCAAAAUAUAUAAUGUGAAACCAUGAUAAAUCACAUUUUUCAAUGUUUUUUAAAGAUUGUUUUUCGCAUUGUGUAAAUUUUGUAUCUCUGUCAACAGUGGCGUACCGUGAGUCACGGCAUUGGGGGGGGCACCAGCAAAAUUUUUGAGUCACUUAGUGAGCGCGCAAAGCGCGCUCAGUUGCCAGGUAUACUGACCUAAUAGGGACAUUUUAAGGACAGUGCCAUUAAACGGAUAUGUAUCUCACUGCUCAAAUAAUGCGAGCGCGAAGCGCGAGCUGAACAUUUUUUAUAUGCAGACCAAAAAAGGACAUUAUAUGCAAAUUUUUGUAAUCAUGAUACAUACCUGUCUCGCUCAACAAACAAUGCAAGCGCGAAGCGCGAGCUGAAUUUUUUUUUUAAUAUUGACCCCCAAACAAGGACAUGUUAAGGACUAUAUUUUAGGAAUCCAUUAAGAGUAUACAUAUCUCACCAUAGUCAUCUAAUGCGAGUGCAAAGCGCUUGCUGAUUUUGCUACAUCUAAACACAUGAAGCACUUUUUGUAGUCAUUGUAAUCAUGAUAAUACGCAUCUCACUCAUGAAAUAUUGCGAGCGCGAAGCGCGAGUUGAAAAUUUAGGAUAUUCAGACCUGAAGAGAGGCAUUCUAAGGCCUGUUUGUAAGAAUUCACUAAGACCAUACGAUACGUAUUUCACUAAGCAAAUGAUGCGAGCUGAAAAUUUUUGAUAUUCAGAUCAGAAAAAGGGACAUUUUAAGGACCGAUUUUUAGGAAUUCAUGAAGAGCAGACAUAUCUCACCAAUCUACUAGUGCGAACGUAAGCACGGACAGGAAAUGUUUUAUAUUAACCCCUUAAAAUGGGGCAAUCACUUUAAGUAGUCAUGAAAAAGAACCAUAUGUCACUACAUAAAACAAUAAUAAGUCGAAGUGCGAGGAAAUAUAUUUGGUGUAUAUUGACUUAAAAACGUUAAACAGACAAUGCGAGUACCGGGAACAAUGAAGACAUCUAGGCCUGAGCAAAAUAAAGUUAUGAAAAAAUGUUUCUUAUGUAUUAUAACAUAACAUUAUUAUAAAAUAACAUUAUAAUGAACAAUAAUUUCUUCAUUCCCACUACGUUUCUCUUCCUUUCUCCCUCUUUUUAUCCUCUUCCCCGUUUUUUUUUUUUUUUUGGCCAGCCGAUUGGGGGGGCACGUGCCCCCCAUGCCCCCCCGUAGUUACGCCACUGUCUGUCAAGUUGGAUCAGUAAAAUAGACGAAUAAAAGUUUGUUUUGAUUCAUUAUCAUUGUUUAUGUUUCCAAGUGAGGCAACGUUGUAUGUUGAUAUACUUUUCUAUUUGUCUUCCAUAGUCUUCAAACAGGAAAAUGUGCGAUUACCACAAUUGUGCCUUUUUACAGUUAUGUAUUUGAAAUAUUUCCUUUUCAAAAGGAGAACUGAUCAAAAUAUGAUUAGAAGUUGGAGCAGUUGAUAAAAUCUUCGUUAUUGAUUUAUUGUAUUUCCAAAAAUUCCUCUCCUUUGUUUUGUCAUGCUUUCAGAAUCCUUCGGUUAAAUACUCUGAUGACAGUGCAUAUUUAAAAGCCUAAAUAGAUGGUAUCUGUAUAUAUCUUGCUAUUUCCAUAUUUAGUUCAACAUAUCUGUUUAUCUGAAGAAAAAUAGUUUCAUUCAGUGAGAUUAAAUUCCUAUUUACAAUAAAUAUUUGAAA